AUGUCUUUUCAGGCACAGGGUAAUUUCUGCCUUGAGUGUAGCUGGGAUGGACUAAGCAUUGAUGGCAAAGAGACGAUAGACUCAGGCGAUCCAUCCAAGUUUCAAUGGAACUGUGUGGACGAAGCGCAGCAUUCAGCGCUUGCCAGAUGCAAAGCUGAUGCGGCUUGCUGUGAAGUGGAUGACUGCUCAGAAGAUUGUGAGGCCGAUUGUGAGGCCGAUUGUGAGGCAGACUGUGGGUCAUUAUGCGACGGUCUUGUUGAUUGUGACGCCUCGAGCGUCUGCUCCGCUGCGCAUUGCGACGAGAUAAACUGCGAGAGUGUAGAGCCUCUGUGCUACGAGGACCAUUGUUGCGACACCAAGGAGCAAGCUUGUGAUUUUGAUACUUUCUUUGGUCUCAAAAAUUCGCUGUCAUUGAAUACGUCGGAUAUACUGCCGCCCUCCACGAUUGGUGCUCAAACUAUCGGCGAGCUCAGCAAAGAAGUCAUAGACCGUACUCUACCGAGUGCCAUUGACCCAUGCUAUCAUCAAGAAUUUCUGUCCUCGUAUCAGAGCCAUGCGAUUCAGUGUGAUCAAAAUGUGUCUUAUCAUUUUGAAUGCCAUGACUUUCAGAGGGACUUACACGACAUGUUCACCCAGCAACAAUUCCCAAUACAGACCGAGGUCAAUCCAGAGGAGGUCUUUCAAAUGCUUGGAAUGUGCCCAGAAUAUAAUAUUGGUGACGAAAACCAUAUUCUCGAGCAAAACCCCCAUCAAAAUCAACUCGAAAGCCCAAAAGAAGAUAUUUCAGUCAAUGCUAUGUUCUUCCACCCAGAACACCAUCAUGUCCACGACCAAUUCAAAGUCCCUAAUGACCUGAACCUUCAAAUCGCCCGAGGUCCCCAUCGCACCCAGCAUCGAUGCCAUGACCACCACCACAUGCACCCGCAUUCUUAUUCCCCCUAUCCACGCCAGUCUCGGCCAAGUCUCAGCUCACGUCUUCAAUCAAGCCCUAGAGAGACCCCACCCCCUCUAGAAGGAGAUGGCUCUUCCAUCUUGACCACACCUGACCUUUCGGCCGAAGACUCCGAUUUUCGUAUAUGUAGGUGGACAUCCCAAAUCCAUGGAGUCAAAACUCCCUGUGGUGCCACAUUCACAGACUCUGGUGCUCUACAGGAGCACCUAGCCUCCAGCCACAUGCACACUGUUGAUGGGGCCAGGGGCAAUGGAUACUAUUGCUGCUGGGAAGGAUGCCACCGCCCUGACGAGCCAUUCUCACAAAAAUCCAAACUUCAGGGUCAUUAUUUAACCCACAGCAACUACAAGAAUUUCAAGUGCUCUGUGUGCAGAAAAACCUUCGCACGGCAGGCAACCUUGGAUCGCCACGAACGCAGCCAUCGUGGCGAUAAGCCCUUCCAAUGCAAAAUUUGUGGGAAAACAUUUACAGACAGUAGUGAACUGAAAACACACUCACGAACUCAUACUGGUGAAAAGCCAUUCAAAUGCACUUAUCCAGGAUGCAAUUUCGAGACAGGCGAUUCCUCAAACAUGUCCAGCCACAGACUCACACAUGGCGAACGAAAACACAAAUGCGCUUAUCCGGGAUGCACCAAGAGCUUUACUCGACCUGACCAGUUAAAGCGCCACCAACGCACCACUCACAAAGGCGAUCCAUCUAGUUUCCUUCCCUCACCAAGUCCAGACCAGCCAUUCACCUUCGCCUCUUUCGAAUAA